AUGAUGAGCGCCAUUAGAGGAAAGAUAAGCUUUCCUAGGGUGCUUUCCUUUGAUGCUUUUGAAACGUUAUACCUUCUUCUAGAACCACCAUUUAAGACUUAUCAUAAAUUUGGGUUAAAAUAUGGAAUUGCUAAGUCUCCUGAUGCUAUUCUGAAAGACUUCAUUGUGGGCUUUAAAGAGAUGGAACUCCGAUUUCCAAACUAUGGUAUCAAUAAUGAUCUACUCAUCGAGGAAUUCAACGAGUUUAAAGUGGUUGAUGAAUCCAAUCCGGUUAUCCGAUACUCUGAUAAUUGGUGGGGGUUAUUAAUUUCAAAAGCUUUUCAUCCUUAUAAAGUCCCAUUUAACAUGUCCAAGGAUUUAAUCGAGUAUUUCUCUGGUGAAGCUUACUAUACUGAUUCCUGUCUAGUAAACACUAUCAAAAAAAUGAAGAUGGUCGACUUGUCAAAGUUCGACGAAGGCGCUGAAGUCAAAGUGAAAAAUGACAGACCCAUAUUAUUGAUUAAUAGUAACGGAGACCCUAGGGUCAAAUUGAUUUUGAAACAUUUACAAUUGGUAAGCGAUGAGAUGAUCGCGGAAGAUUUGGUGUAUAUCAGCUACAAUACCCAAGUAGAAAAACCAAACAAAGAGAGUUUUGAAUAUAUUAUAAAUGAUUUGGUGAAACGUGGGCUUUUAACUUUCAACAAUGAAGCAGAAUUAUUAAAAUACUGCUGGCAUUUUGGAGAUACUUAUUGUACUGAUUUGCAAGGGUCUAUAAACUCAGGUUGGAACGGGAUUUUGAUUGACAGAAACUAUGGGUAUGAUUAUUUUUUAGAAGCCAAGGAACAGAACUUUGCAAAAAUGGAGGGCGGAUAUCUAUGGGAUGGAGAUAAGAAGUUUAUAAUUAAUGACUACAAACAGUUAGAUUCGAUUUUCGACACAUGA